AGCAGGCUGCAUACCACGUCGACGCGUCGCGCGCAACCCAAGUCGACGAUUGUCACGACGCUCCGGCAACGCUCGCACGCGCGCAAUCGCCUGCGAAGCCAUUCAUGGGAUCCCACAAGUUUCGUUGAUGAGCGCGAUGACGUAGUUGGUCUCGGUGCGUCGCGAUACGCAGUGGAUAUUAACGCGUGCAAAGUGCGUGGUGCGGUGAAAGCUGUCGGCGAAUUCCUCCUCGCGAUCGAUGAUAGUGCGUGUUCGCGUUUCGAUCGUUUUCGUGACCAUGGGAUCGAGCGUCUGACAUCGUUGUCUAUCGGCAGGAAGAUCAGCGGGUGGAUCUUUCGAGACGUCAUCAGUCACGGACCCGUCAGGCGUGCAUCCACGCCGACAUCGCUUCUCGCCGGAUAGCAACUGUCCUCUUCCUGCUUACUCGGGAUCUCAAUCUGCCGUUCUUGGGCUGCAGCAAUUUACUCCGAAACGAGGAUUAUGCGUGCACAGACGACGCUACCGAGUCCCCGUGAUCAGCCGAUCUAAACGAUCUUAUCUAAACGUUCAUUUGCCGAUAAGCUAUAAUUGGAUUUUCGAGAGGACAAUCACGAGACCAUGGCGCUGGCCAAGCUCAGAAAUUUCAUCGACAAUAAUCUGAAGACGGUGUCCACGCCGUUGGAUCGCACGGUAAAUUUGGAGCCGGAGAUCGGCAUUAGGAUCGUACACUCGCAGAACGAUAAAACGCUCCACGUCACUGUUCUCGGUGCCAGACACUUGCCGCAGAACUUUGGCUUCACCAGAGUCAACAGCUACGUCGUAAAGGUAAAGCUGAUACCUGGCAAGGAGAAGUUCGAGACUACCACGAAAAAUGAAUCCUGGCCACAAUGGAACGAGACAUUCACUUUUCUUCUGCGUAAAGAAAUUAAGCAAAAGUUUGGUAAAUCGAAGGUCAUCGAGGAGGAAAUUAAUGGAUCUAGAUUCAUUGUUGCGACCCUCUACGCGAUUCUCGAAGACAAACCGCUGAUAGCGACUGAAAAGAAGGAUUCGGAUAAGGAAAAGACAUCGCCUGCUAAGGGAGAAUCGGCGAAGAAAGGCGGAAAGAAGAAGGAAGGUCAAGGCGGUUCUACCGAAAAUCAGGAAUCUACCAAGAACAAGCUCUUCAGUCAAUUCUUUGGCAAAGGUACCGACAAGCUCGCGGAACCUACAGUUACGGAGAGAAGAGCCUACGACAAGAGACGAACCAUUGGCGCGACAACGAUUCCACUCGACUCGAAAAAUUUUGUUUGCAAACCACCAAAAUCGAAACAUACCAGCGAUGUAUCUACAGGAGAUCUGUGGAAACCGCUGCGACCAAUCGCAAGUGGUAUCUUAGGUGCCGAGGACAGAAAGGAGAACAAAAAAGGACAAGUCGAAUUAUCAUUAUGUCUAUCGAAAGGUGAGAAAGACGAAGAUAGCGGUGGGCAACUGGUACUGUCUCUAAGUCGUCUGAGAUGUUCGCUUCAGACGAUGCACGAGCACGAGGGACUGAAAGGACAAAUGUAUCUGAAGAUGUCGGUUGUCGAUAAUGGACGUGUAACGCACUUUUGGAAGAGCGAUCGAUUUGCGCCCACGGUAUCCACGAAAUUCUCACCGGAAACGGCAAGAGUCAUCGCCGACAAUCCGUACAAAGGAGCGCUCAAUGACGUGAGCUUUGUUGUAAAGUUCGUCGCGAAGAAUAAAAUGGGCAAGAAAACUCCCGUGGGUCACUUUGUACUGGGCCCUGACGUCGGUGGAGCUUACGGCGAACAAUGGAAGCAAGCUCUAGCAAAACCAGGACAAGAGAUAACGAAAUGGCAAGCGUUUCAAUAAAAAUGAGGCGUACGAGUAAUAACUUAUUCAACAACGAAAAAUCAUUGCAGCCUUUGCAUACUGCACCACGUACUUUCCUUAUAGACGUCUAAAGACACCGCAAUGAAAAUAAGAGUGCUAUAUACGUGCAUCAUAAAUAUUUGAGAUACUGAUCGAUAAAGCUAUUCCAAAGAAUACCAUAGAUACGUACUCGAAUUCGAAGAUUAUUACGUGUGCAUCUCUCUUGCUAUGUAUAUUUAUGUCCGAGAUCUGUCGAUUUUAUACAAAAAAAAAACACGGUUUUUAAAGAUGUAAUUCUACAUUUUUAUCUUUAUACACAAAUUGCACAAAUUCUUUGUCAAUUUUAACCGUCCUCGACUCUGCAAAGGAGAGAACUGAAUAUUUUCUGCUCUGAAUUUAAUCACUAUAACCGUCCGUAAACUAAGUAAAAAUUAUUGUCUUUUACACAUACGUAUAAUUAAAAAAAAAAUCAUAAUGUACAAGUACAACAUAUCAUAUUUUAUAAGAUUGCGAGAACAUAAGCUCAUCAUAUUGCAUUAAUAUUAAGUAAUAUUUUUUAUGAAAAUAGUUUCAAUUCAAUAAUAAUUUUUUCGUGUUAAACUAACAAUUUCUAUAGAAAUUAAGACAAUCGAGAGGCACAUUAUAGUCGUCUGUAAAAAUAUUUUGAAAAAUGAUAUGCUCUUUUAAAGUGACAAAAUGGAAAAUUUACUCUAUUUUGCUCUAUAUUAUAUAUACUCAUGCUCUACAUCAUAUAUACUCAUUUUUAUUAUCAUUUGAUUAUAAAGGAAGAGAGUGAACAAUAUUUGGAGUUGGUGUAUUAACAAAAUUAAAAGCCAUUUUAAAAUGUGAUAAAUCGAAACAUUUGUUUCACUAAUUAUUAUGUACAUUUGAUAACAAAGUAUUUAAUAUAAAACGACAUAAUAAAACGAUGUAGUAAAAGACGUAGUAAAUUUUGUAAAA